AUGACGUCGUCUUCAUCAUCAUCGCCGUCCCGCCAAUCGUAUACAGGAGAAGGCUUUCUCUCGUUCAUCUCCAAGGAUGGAGCGGAGGUCGCUACUCUGCAGAGGGAGGGGAAGGGGCAAGGGCAGCAGGGGCUACGGCGCAAUGGGAAGGGCUGGUGGGGGGAUGGGGUGGCUGUUGCAGAGGGGAAGGGAAGGGGAGAGGGUGGCGCCGGACCAGCUGGGCAGAGGGCGGUGCGCGAGCUGGGAAGAUUGCCACCAGGUGUUUAUGAUACUGAAAACAUCAGGCUACCUUACCUACCUAAUGGUUUGGAGCCAAAUGGCAUACAAUAUCCAAAUUCAAAUGGAGAACAUCAUUCCAGAUCCGAUUCUAACAGCUCUUAUCUGGCCUCUCAAAUCAGUGGUGACUCCACAAUUAAUGGCGUGCAAGGUAUUAGUGAAUUGCCCAGGGAUUCAUGUGGAAGCAACGAAACCAAUCAAAGCAAUCAAGCUCAGGGACUUUUAACCCCAUAUGGGAGGGAUCGUCUCGCGGAUCUUAGAGUUCCUAACGGGAAUCAAGAUUGUCAGGCACGCAACAGUGGUGCUUCUGAAGCUGGAAAUAAAGGUGGGCCUUUCCAAGAUGGAGAAAAUGGCUCAAAGUCUAGAAUUACUGUAGUUCCUGGUAAUGUCAAUCAAGUUGAGGCUGAGUGGAUUGAGCAAUAUGAGCCUGGUGUGUAUAUAACACUGGUAGCCCUUCGAGAUGGUACCAGAGACCUGAAACGAGUGCGCUUCAGUCGAAGGAGAUUCGGAGAACAUCAAGCAGAGACUUGGUGGUCAGAGAACCGUGAAAAAGUUUAUGAGAGGUAUAACGUGCGCGGAUCCGACAAGGCAUCAGUUUCUGGGCAGACUGCCCGCAGGUCAGAAGGAAAUGUCUCACCAUCUUCACAAAUUUAGCAGGCAAUGCAAAUUCUCCAUCUCUACUUUUUUGUUAGCUGUCAUGCUGGUGGUUCCAAGGCUCAGCCACACCGGUGGGAGGAAGCCAAACCUCCUCUUCUCUAACCCUCCUCCAAUCUAUUUUUCUUCUUUUAUUAUUUAUUUCUUGUUUCAUUUUUUCUUGGGACUCAACCCUCAUACACUUACUGUUGUAUUUUGUAGUGUAUAUAAGAGUCCUCCAAUUUUUGUAGUUGUGCAGAGAAUUUCUGUGCCUGCUCUUCCUUUCAAUCUUCUUUAGCUUUAGUUGAUAUGUAGCCAAUAGCCUGCCAUUCUGGCAGAAUCAAUCUCUCUUGUACCUCAAGUUUGGGGGCUGCACCAAAAUGGCCUCAGAAGUCCAAAGUUUCAACUGAAAAACAAAUGUUGCCCUCA